AAUUAUCUGAUUAUAAACAACAAAUACAUGCAAAAGUUGAAUCAGAUGAUGAAAUAGAACUUGAUUAUGAUUCAAAUUCAUUACAAUCAAAAAAUCAACAUUUUAAAAUUAAUAAUAAUAUAGAAAUUGAAUUAUCUAAACCUGAUUUUGAUAAUAGUAAAUAUACUUCUCGACAAAAAAAAAGAAAACUUACUUCAGCUCAAAAAAAUAAUUAA